GUUUCGGAGCUUCGUACUUCCCUGCUUUCUGACUGCUCACCGGUGUACAAUCAGUCACUUCAGAAACUUCGUCGAUCACUGUCUGAAUGUAUUCUCCGAAAAUUGCCAUAACACUUCCCUCUUUGUCACGUUUGAAACGAACCCACUCCACCUUGCAUCUCGGAGGAAGCUUGUCAAUAAGCUCUUCUACCAGGAAUGGAUUAUUUUGGUGGUCUGUCAUGUUGCUCGCUACCAGAUGGUCACACAACUGCUUCACUUUAAACCCAAACGUAACAAAAAUCUCCAAAUGAUUGUCUGUAGGCGAAGGCGUUUCGCGGACUUUACGUAGCAGGUUUUCUAGCAACUUUCUUGGUCUUCCAAACCGACUUUCCAGCUCCUUGAUCACUCCCGGCACCGCAUCAGGGAAGAUGAGUCUGCCUUUCACAGCCUGCAAUGCUUCUCCACCCAGACUAUCCAUCAAACGCUUCAUAUUCUCGAUAUUGUUCAACCCACACUCUUCCGUUGUUGUUUUGAAGCUGCUGAUGAAAAACGGCCACACAUCUGGUUCUCCACAGAACUUGGGAAGUGCCAAAGAAAUAGUUUUCCUGGCCGCUGCUUGAUCUUUUGUUAUGCGUUUAAAAGAUAUUGUUGUUCGAGAGGUGUGUCGUCGGUGACGGAUUCCCGGAAGCAGCCAGCACAUUUGGACGCUAGGUGCGCGUUGGACAACGACACUCGGAUCGCUUAGCAGCAGGAAAGUUCAUCGGCAUUCGACUCUUCAGGGACGGCAGACGACCACAGGGGCAGGAUUCCCGGUAGCAGCUAGCACCUUUGAACGCUAGGUGCGUUUUGGACAACGGCACUCGGAUCGCUUAACAGCUGGAAAGCUCAUCGGUAUUCGACUCACCGGGAACAGUAGACGACAACAUUUUCAGGUGCGCGUUGGUUAGGCCAGCGGCACACGGUCCGCCAAGCAGUAUCGACGCACACAUAGGCGACGCUCAGGAUCGACGCACGUCAUCAUCUUCAGGUGCGCGUUGGUUAGGCCAGCGGCACACGGUCCGCCAAGCAGCAUCGACGCUCACAUAGGCGACCGACUCAUCGGAAACAGUGAUUUGUGACAGCGUGUUGGUUGGGUUCACGGCACACAACUUCGUCAAAUGCCAUAGAGUGCUAGAGACAGCCGCGAAAACGGAUUGGAACUGUCGUUACCAGCUAACAAGAAAGCGCAACGUAUCAUCAUGCCUCUUACUCCGGUAUCGCCGAAAGGCGAUGAACAGUUUAAAGGAGUUGCAUUGGCCGAAAUUCCCUCUACACCUAGUGAUUUGAAAUUUCUCCGAUUGCGACACUCGAUUGUACUACGGAAACUAAUCAAGCUAGAGAAAGAUAUUGUUUCUACUUCAGUGACAACAGCUACUAGUGAAGUGAAGUGGCAACAUUUAUGGAGUUUGAAAACAACGCAGUGUGAAUUGUUUGACCAAAUCGUUGCAUUAAUGCCGCAAGAUGUAGAAUCUGAUACCAUCGAAGAUGAGAAGUAGGAACAGAUUCAUCUAAAACUAGAAACUCUUAUUGCCAAUACGAAAAAAGUGAAACUCCGCGCGAAGUGAACAACCGCGACAGUUGUUACGCACACACCAACGCUAAAUGUUCCGAUACCUUCGUUCGACGGAACAUAUGAACAAUGGCCCAAGUUCAAGGCCAUGUUCACGGACAUAGUGCAGCGUUUGGGUGCUACCGACGCAAUCAAGUUGCAUCAUUUAAACAAAGCUCUGGUUGGCAAAGCUAGUGGAGUGCUCAGUGCAAGUGUUAUUGCGGGAAACAACUUUGCGAGUGCAUGGCAAUUGUAAGAAGAUCACUUUGAAACUCCUCGUGCAAUUUUGGAUCAGAAUAUAUCUGGACUGCUCAAGCCGAAACCAGUGAUUCGAGAAUCAGCUCGAGAAUUGCGAGAUGGAAACUUGCAAAUCUCAUGUAGAUGGUUUGACAUGCAUGAAGAAAACCAUUGAUGGUACCAGUGAUCUUAUCAUUACGCACAUACUGGUAGGAUGCUUUGAUCCUGACACAAGGAAGUUGUGGGAACGCACGUUAAACAGAGGUGAAUUUCCGGAACUGAAAUCGACGUUGGUUUUUCUGUGCAUACAGUGCGAAGUGCUAGAACAGUGUAUAUGGGAGAAGAGCGUGAAGAAUGAUAAAGUGAAAGUUUAUACUGCCGCCGUCCAAAGGUGUAAGAUGUGCAACGGUAUAUCAACAUCCAAUUUAUCAGUGCUCAGACUGCUUAGCGUUACCAACAUCGUGCAAAACAUCAAAGGUGUAUGAGCUUCGCCUGUGUUAUAACUGCCUUAGUUCUGGACAUUCUUCGCGUAGGUGCCAUGUGAAAACUGUAUGCCAGAAGUGUCGUAAUCGUCAUCACACCAUGCUACAUCGUGAGUCUUGUGAAGAGGAAUCUGAAAAUACUUCACCUACAACAAGUGUACGGGUUCCACAAUCGUCAGAUAGCAGACCCUCAGCUCAGAUAGCGUUGAAUGUGCGAAGUGAAGUGAAAUCCACUGUGUUACUAUCUCCAGUGCUGGUAAACAUAAUGGACGACCAAAGACAAGCGCAUCAGGCUCGUGCAUUAUUAGAUAGUGGUGCACAAUCAAAUUUCAUUGCCGGAAGAUAAGUGCAGUUUUUACGGUUGCCACGAAACGUGAACAUUCCUUUGUCGGGCAUCGGUGGCAGUUCAGCGGUUAAUAUUCGACAUUCAGUGCAUGCAACCAUUCAAUCGCGAUGCUCUGACGACGAAUUUAGCAUGGAGCUACUAGUGUUAUCAAAGCCGUCUGCAGACCUGCCAACGCAGCCGAUCGACAUAAGUAAUUGGAACAUCCCAUCGGAGUACGUGUUUGCAGAUCCGACCUUUAACCAGCCUGGUCGAGUGGACAUCAUUCUGGGAGCAGAAUUGUUUUACUUAUUCCUAAAAGAUCGUCGCAACAUCUUGGGUCAACAUCAUCCUGUUCUUCAAGAAUACAAAUUUGGUUGGAUAAUGAGUGGAAGCGCGCCCGUUUCAACGCCAUCAUUAUCGGUUGUAUGUGCUACAGCGGUAAUCAGCAUCGACACUCUCAUGCAGAAAUUCUUUGAGAUUGAGAAUUCGGACAGUGAAUCUAGUUGGAGUGUAGAAGAACAGGCGUGUGAAGAUUUCUUCGUAGAUACUACUACACGUGAUUCAGCUGGUAAAUACAUCGUUCGUCUUCCACGAAAACCAAACAUGACUGGAGCAUUGGGGGAGUCUCGAUCCAUCGCGUUACGUUUUUUUCUGGCUAUCGAGCGACGUCUACAAAGAGAGCCCAAAACACGCAAGGCGUACACAGAUUUUAUGGACGAAUAUGCACGCCUAGGACACAUGAGCAAGGUGGCGACAAACGACGCGACAACGGAAACGUACUAUCUGCCUCAUCAUCCUGUAUUUAAAGCAGAUAGUACCACCUCCAAAUGCCGACUAGUUUUCGACGCGUCCAGCAAGUCAUCUAAUGGACUCUCCUUGAAUGACACAUUGAUGGUCGGACCGACCAUCCAGCAGGAUGCAACAUCGAUUCUGAUGCGUUUUCGGAUGCAUGCCAUCGCUUUUACAGCCGACGUUGCUAAGAUGUACCGUCAGGUAUGGGUUCAUAAUGAAGAUCGUGCUUUGCAAAGAAUUCUGUGGCGGCCUUCUACAAAUGAACCCAUAGAAGAGUAUGAGCUUAAUACGGUAACAUAUGGUACAGCCUCAGCACCAUUUCUGGUAGUAAGAUCCUUCAAACAAACCAGCAACUAUCAUGGACACCAAUUCCCGCUAGCUGCAAAUCGAUUAUCCGAUUUCUACGUGGAUGACUUCGUUUCUGGAGAUGCUUCCAUAUCGGCGGCGCAGAAUCUACAUGCAGAGAUCGAUCAACUGUAUUCCAGAGGAGGAUUCGCAUUGCGGAAGUGGGCAUCCAACGAACAUGCCGUACUUAGUGCAGUGGACGAAGACAACUUGGCAACAAGCCCAUUCUCGACAAGUGACAGUGAGGGCGCUCUUGCAACAUUAGGAGUGGUUUGGACACCGUCAUCAGAUGUUCUCCAGUUCAAGGUCGGUGCACUACAGGACCACUUGGAAAGUGUUGUCUUGCAUUGCACGUAUUUAUGACCCUUUGGGUAUCGUGGAUCCAGUGAAAGCGGUGGCUAAGCAAAUUCUUCAAGAAGUUUAGAGCCUAACAAAGGAUAACUCACAACCGUGGGCGUGGGACGAAGAGCUUCCUUCUUCAUUGCAACAACGAUGGAUGCAGUUUCUAAUCCAGCUGGGAAAUCUUAAAAGCUUCCGAGACAAGCAGUGCGCAUAUUUUAUGACGCCUCUGAGCGAGGUUAUGGCGCGUCCUGUUAUGUAAGAAGCGUCAACAAAUCGGGUUCCAUCAAUAUGCAGCUCUUCGCAUCAAAGACCAAAGUAGCGCCUCUGAAUAUUAAACAUUCCAUCGCCCGUCUGGAGUUGUGCCCUGCUCUUUUGGCUGGACAACUGUAUGAGCGCAUACAAAAGGCAGUUAAAGGCAGCGCAAAGUUAAAAUGGCUGAACCCACAACUUGGACCGGACGGCAUCAUUCGAGUUGGAGGACGGUUAAAUAAUGCAUUACUGUCGGAACACGAGAAACAUCCUAUAGUAGUCCCAGCUGACCAUCCUCUAUCCAUCAUGAUUAUGAAGCAUUAUCAUCUCACGCAACUACAUGCGGGUCCCCAGUUGAUGUUAAGCAUCUGCCGACAACGAUACUGGAUCAUCAAUGGGAGAAAUUUGGCACGGAAAAUUCAUCAUGAAUGCUAUACUUGUUUCCGCGCGCGACCACCUACAACCAACACUCUUAUGGCAGACCUACCAUUUGGAAGAGUAAUAGCUGCAAGUAGUGUUGCAGCACACCUUACUGUGCGCACAGUAAAGCACAGCGCUCGAAGUGUGCGCACUGUGCUCGCCUCAAGCACUGUACGCACAGUGCUCAACUCAAGCACUGUGCGCACUGUGCUCACCUCAAGCACUGUGCGCACUGUGCUCACCUCAAGCGCUGCUCCGCACUUUGACUAUCAGGCCACUAGUUUUUUGAGAAUAACUCAAAAAGUUGAAGAGAUAGACGAACACGAUGUUCUACAAAGUUGUUUGGAAUAAAAAAACACAUCCUUUCAUACAUUAUUUGCAUAAUUGUAUGCAGGCUUCAUUCCGUACCAUCACAAUUAGGCCAUCUGCUCACUUCAAGCACUGUGCGUACAGUACUCACUUCAAGCACUGUGCGCACUGUGCUCGCCUCAAGCGCUUCUCCGCACUUUGACUAUCAGGCCAGAGAGUUUUUUGAGAAUAACUAAAAAAGUUGAAGAGAUAGACGAACACGAUGUUCUACAAAGCUGUUGGGAAUAAAAAAACGCAUCCUUUCACGCACUGCAACACGUGGUGAGUCGUGCCAAUUAUGGAUAACUUUUUGACUUUGCUCCAAAAAUUAUCCAUAAUUGUAUCGAUAGUAAGUAACGAAUGGGUCAAUUUUGUUUACCGCAUUUUAUGACGUCACAAAUUUGUUGUUGGGAUUGUUAGUGUUAGUAUUUGAUAUAUUGCAGUGUUGGUGUACGAUUGAAGUAAGCAGAUGGCCUAAUUGUCACGGAACGGAACGAAACCUGCAUAAAAUUAUCCAAAUAAUGUAUGAAAGGAUGCGUUUUUUUUUUAUUCCCAACAACUUUGUAGAACAUCAUGAUCGUCUAUCUCUUCAACUUUUUGAGUUAUUCUCAAAAAACUAGUGGCCUGAUAGUCAAAGUGCGGAGCAGCGCUUGAGGUGAGCACAGUGCGCACAGUGCUUGAGGUGAGCACAGUGCGCACAGUGCUUGAGGUGAGCACUAUGAGCACAGUGCUUGAGGCGAGCACAGUGCGCACAGUGCUUGAGGGCACUGUGCGCACAGUGCGCACAGCACACCUUGGUGUGAGUGCGUGUGCGCACAGCACACUGAAUUUUGCUACUUUACCCAACACUAGCUGCAAGACCCUAUUCUAUCAGUGGCAUCGAUUUGUGUGGACCAGUACUGGUGAAAGGGACCCACCAGCGAGCAGUCCCAAUUAAGACAUACGUGGCUGUAUUUGUAUGCUUCACAACACGGGCUGUGCACAUCGAGUUGGUGUCAAACCUGACGACCGAAGCCUUUCUGUCUGCACUCUGACGAUUUGUGGCUCGACGAGGAUUACCGUCUGUAAUUCAUUCAGACAACGCAACUAACUUCAAAGGGGCCUCCAACGCACUCAACGGCUUAUACCAGAUGCUGCAUUCGGAGCAACAUCAAAAGACUGUUACCUCCCGGUCUUUGGAACGUGGUAUAACAUAGAAGUUCAUCCCUCCUCGCGCCCCACAUUUUGGCGGUCUGUGGGAAGCACCAGUAAAGUCCAUGAAAACUCAUUUAGUACGCAUCAUGGGAAAAUCACCAUUAUCAUUCGAGGAUAUGUCUACACUAUUGGCGGAAAUCGAAUGUUGCCUGAACUCCCAACCGAUUACCCUUCUAACUGAUGACCCCUCGGACGUGAACGCCUUGACACCUGGCCAUUUCUUGAUCGUGACUCAUUUGAAGGAUGUACCAGAAGUUGAUUCAUCACAUCUUCCCGAAAACCGGCUUACAGCCUGAUCAUGAACGUCGAACGGCAUUCGAAUCGAAUGGAGACGUUGAAUCCAACGGCAGAAAAUUUGGUAUCAUCCAACAUAUUCGAAUCGACGAAUGUCACAUCGAUUUUUUGAGCUUUUUUGGUUGUCAAAGUGGCUUCUGAGCUGUCAAACCGGACCCAAAAUAUGAACAAUACUGCAUGACCAUUUGGUUUACAGAGAGCGAUAAAGUACAAAUAGAAUACAGGAAAAGAAAAACUAUCGUCAAAUUAAAGUAAAAACGAUUUCAGCGAGUAAACGCUGUAAACGAAAAUGAUUUCAGCAUAUUACGUGAGUGACAGCGAUAGCAGUGAAGAGGAAGCAAAGGAAAACCUUGCCGCGUAUCGGAGAUCACUUCGAGCUGCGUCCGACCCAUUGCAACUUUCAAACAAACAAUUUAUAAAAAACUUUUGAGUAUCGAAAGAAAUAUUUUCAAAAAUACUUGAAGAAAUUACCACAAAAUUUCCUACUGUGCGUCGUUCGGGCUUGACGGUCAAACAAAAAUUGGCAGCUACCUUACGAUUUCGGGCGGAUGGUAGUUACUCUUACUCUUGAGCCAGACACUCGAUAUUCUGGAGAAAUCGUUGUGUCCUAAGUGGAUAACGCUGGAAAUGAAUAGCGAGGAACAACAAGCUGCAAGGUGUUAUUUUUUAGGAAAUGUACGAUACCGGGUGUUGUUAUGUGUGCGGAUGGUAUUCACGUAAAAAUAAUAACGCCAAACAAUGAUAAGGACCAAUUUUACAACAGGAAAGGAUUUUACAGCAUGAAUGUUUUACUGGUAAGUAUUAAACAAGAGUGAUAAAUGUCAUUGAAACGAGUUUUCUGAACCAAAUUUUGCUAAGCAACAUCGCAAAAUUUGUUGAAUUCUUUUUUAGAAUCCUAAAAUCUUUAUUUUAUGGACAGUCAGCAAGGCGCGGCAACUCCACUAUACGCCAGACAAGUGUGUUAAGAUCGUUAACGUUUGUUGUGCACUGCAUAAUAUUUGCAUAGCCAAUAACUUGCCCAUAGAAGAAGGCAGUUCGUUUUAAUAAGCAUAAUACAUUAAUAACGACGAAAAUACUUUUUGUAAAAUUAUUUCACAAGAAAAUCGACUUCGGUGUAUCCACCUCUCUUUCAGAUGAAUUCUCUGUUAUGAUUUGCUUUUUUUUUAAAUCAUCCUUUAGU